ACCCCACCUUACUCCUCUUUCCAUCCUCCUUCCCUGCUAUAUUCAGCACUCUCUUCACCAGAACCGCCAGGGAUGCACGCAGGAAUCCGUCUUCUAGCCAGGAGUCAUCCUUACAAACCGAUGAUCCAUUUCCUAGGCAAGAACCGGAUUCCGCGAGAACCCCAUGGACCGAGACCGCAUCCGAUGGCUCCUCCGGAUAUAAAAGCCCAUUUUUCAGAGUUCUUGAACAAGAUCCAGGCGAGCAGGUCGUUUGUCGCAGCCUCAAAAGAAGAAGAAACAGCAAAAGUAUACGCCAACUUCUGGGAAGCACCUGAUCGGUAUCGGAAAGGGACUGUAUUAGACGAAGCGGAAAUAGAGGCUAUCGACAGCGGGGGAGCUUCGAAGUGGUAGAAUGGACAACUUGAGCUUGGAAUGUACAACGUGCAAUUUUAUCUUAUCG